CUCGUGACCCGAGUGGAAAUGGCGGCUGUGGUACACUGGGCGGCCGGGAAGCGGCUGUGGAGUCCGCCAAGCUUUCACCACCUUCGUCUCUUGGUUUCAGCCUAGCGCGCUGAGAUGAAGUUUUCGCAUCUGAUUCUGCUCCGUUCCUAGGGCGUCGCACCCUCACGGCCCGUUGCUGCCGUCGAAGCCCACCUGAAGGGCUUGGCUGGGAUGGAGAGUCCGAGCCUGGGGGACUGCGGAGCUGCCUCCUCGGUCACCUCCAGUGAGCGCUCAGCCCCAGACCGGCCCUGUGAUCUCCGCGAGGAAGAUGGUGCUCUGGGAUCGGAAAGAGUGGGAGAAGAUGAGAAACAAGUGGUGAUAAAAAGCAGCAGUGAGUGUAAUCCCCUGCUGCAAGAAUCCAUUGCUUCUGCUCAGGCUGGGGAUACUACAAUGACAGAAUGCCAUAAGUCUGUCCCAUGCGGAUGGGAAAGAGUUGUGAAGCAAAGGUUAUCAGGGAAAACAGCAGGAAGAUAUGAUGUAUAUUUUAUCAGCCCAGAAGGACUGAAGUUCAGAUCCAAAAGUUCACUUGCUAAGUAUCUUCACAAAAAUGAAGAGACUUCUCUUACGUCAGAAGAUUUUGAUUUUACCGUACUUUCUAAAAGGGGUAUCAAGUCCAGAUAUAAAAACUGCAGCACAGCACCUCUGACAUCCCAAAUGCAAAAUGAAAGUAAUAGUUCAAACUGGAGCCUCAGGACACGAAGCUCGUGGAAAAAAGAUAUCUUUCCUCUACCAAGUGGUAGUUUGGAAUUGCAAAAGAGCAGAGGACUAUCUCACUUUAAAGAAGAUGAGGGUGUUAAUGAUGUUGACUCCAGAGAAGUUAGAAAGUCCAAAGGAAAGGUGACUAUUUUGAAAGGAAUUCAAAUUAAGAAAACUAAAACAGGGCGCCGGAAGGGUCUUCCAGAUUCUGCUCAAAAUAAUAAGAAAAGGAAAUCUGAGUAUAAAAAGGCAGAUGCUGAAAGUGAACCUGUUGUGCAAGGUCAGCUUGAUGCAACACUCUCCAUUUCUGAUGCUGGAGCAAGCAGCAAGACCCUCAGUGUGACCAAUGAAGAAAAGAGACUUGUAAAAGAACAAUCAUUGAGUUCAGGAUCAAAUUUUGGUCUUGAACAAAUAACUUCUGGCAUCAUAAAUAAAUUAUGUUCAACGGAAGAAGCAGAACACAACAAGAAGUGUGAGGAAACCUUUUUAAAAUCUGAGGAAAUAAAAUCAAAAGUAGAAGUUGGGGAAAGGAAGGAACAUUUGCAUACUGACAUUUUAAAAUGUGGCUCUGAAAUGGACAAUUGCUCACAAACCGAGAAGGACUCUAUUUCUGUGAAAACAUGUCAAGAAGAUACCAUUCCACGGACACAAAUAGAAAAAAGGAAAACAAGCCUAUAUUUUUCCAGCAAAUAUAACAGAGAAGCUCUUAGCCCCCCGCGACGCAAAGCUUUUAAGAAGUGGACACCUCCCCGGUCACCUUUUAAUCUUGUCCAAGAGACACUUUUCCACGAUCCAUGGAAGCUCCUCAUUGCUACCAUAUUUCUCAAUCGGACCUCAGGCAAAAUGGCAAUUCCUGUGCUCUGGGAGUUUCUAGAGAAGUACCCUUCGGCUGAGGUAGCAAGAACCGCAGACUGGAGAGAUGUGUCAGAACUUCUUAAACCUCUUGGUCUCUACGAUCUUCGAGCAAAAACCAUUAUCAAGUUCUCAGAUGAAUAUCUGACAAAGCAGUGGAGGUAUCCGAUUGAGCUUCAUGGGAUUGGCAAAUAUGGCAACGACUCUUACCGAAUUUUUUGCGUCAAUGAGUGGAAGCAGGUACACCCUGAAGACCAUAAGUUAAAUAAAUAUCAUGACUGGCUUUGGGAAAAUCAUGAAAAAUUAAGUCUGUCUUAAAAUUCUUUGAAGUUUUCAAAAAUAUUUUUUAUACAUUACUUUGCGCUUAAUUCUUAAGAGCUCCAUUAAGCAGCACCAACUGCCUUUACAGGUAUACAGAUUUUAAUUAGUCCAACUAGAAAUGUAAUGUACAUUUUCCUAAUGUGUGUAACACUGGUAGAUCUUUGCUACUGAAUGUACUAGACGUGUUUUGAGUUUCUUUUUAAAUAAAUUGUUAUUUGAUAAGAAUCCUAAAAAUGUAAAUGACUUUUCCAAUAAUAAAGUGUGAUUCCAAGUUGAAAAAAAAAACUUU